CAAAUUUCAGCCAUGCUUAUCUUCUUCUGCUACAGCCUACUUACUAAUACUUACACGCCGAUCCUGCUCGACACGUGAAUAAUUUUCAGUGAUGCGUUUUCAGAAAUGUGUCUUUCUCCGCAGCGCGAUUGUCAACUUGGGCCAAAACGACCGAAGAUGAAUAUUGUACACCCGUGAUAAAGGCCGGGAGUCCAUAUCUGUCUUCUAUCCGAUAGGUUCUCAUAGAUGGCCCGUCUAAUCGGCGUGGCGCGGUCGUCAGAGCCCCACAUGUAGAUUAGAUCCAUCUCUCCACCUGCGCCCAUGCCGAACGGUUUAGUGUGCUUCACGAACUGCCUGCUUCCCCAAGAAGAUGGGGGUCUCAUAGAGAAGGACUUGUGGAUAGACCAGGACAAGGGCAUCAUACUAGAUGCUCAGCGGACCUUCUUCGAGAGGCGGCAGCGUCCAGAUAGGAUUAUAGAUCUGGCUGGAAACAUCCUGAGUCCUGGUCUCAUUGACAUCCAAAUCAACGGGGCCUACGGGUUCGACUUUUCGGUUUACGAUGGAGACGACGAGGCAUACCGAGAGGGCAUGAAAUUGGUUGCAGAGAAGAUCGUCGAGACUGGGGUCACUUCACUGGUCCCAACCCUGAUUACUCAAGAGAAGUCUCUGUAUCCCAAGAUACUGACUCUGCUGCGCCCAUAUUCUACGCGAUCAUCGGCCACGCUUCUGGGAUGGCACGCCGAGGGACCCUUCAUUGAUAUGGCUAAACGGGGUGCCCACGCACCUCCGUUUCUGCUCUCUGCCCCUGAGGGCUUUCGAUCAUUCGAAAGUGCCUACGGAUCCGAGAAUCUUUUGGAUAAAGAAGACUGGCUCAUGGACAAUGAAGACCAGUGCGGUGUCCGCAUUAUCACUGCGGCACCCGAGAUAUCAGGUGUAAUGGAUGCAGUGGAGGAACUGACUAAGAGAGGGAUCAUCUUCUCAAUGGGUCACAGUGUCGCGUCUUCUGAAAUUGCCACUGCGGCUGUGAUGCAAGGAGCGCGGCUCAUCACACAUCUUUUCAAUGCCAUGCCUCAACUUCACCACCGAGACCCUUCCAUCAUCGGGCUGCUCGGUGCAUCGCCGCACCUUUCCUCGCUCAAUACCGACUUCGCCCCUCCAUCGAGUCCUACCGCGACUUCUGCGCUGUCUGGUGUGACGUCCGAAGCAUUCGAUUACAAGCCGUCGACCGAAAGGGCCCCCACUCGACCUGAAUUGCACCUUGAGAAAGGCCGAGUGGCCGCCAUGGCCUUCGAACGGCCGUUCUAUGACAUGAUCGUCGACGGAAUUCACUCGCAUCCCAACUCUGUCCGACUGGCUUAUACAGCAUAUCCCGCUGGCUGCAUCCUGAUCACGGACGCCAUGAAAAUCCUUGACCCCAACCUGCGAGAUGGGAUCCACGAGUGGCGAGAUGGCAAGCGGUUCGUGAAGGAAGGGGACAAAUUGUAUCUGGAAGGCACCAACACCUUAGCCGGAAGCGUGGUAACACUCGAUGCCUGUGUCCGCAACUUCUCGCGCUUCACCGGCUGCUCACUCGGGGAAGCAAUCAAGUGCGCAACAUUCAACCCUGCAAGAUGCCUUGGCAUUGACAACAAGAAGGGAACUUUGCGAGCGGGCGCUGAUGCCGACCUCACUGUGUUUGAUCGGCAAGGUAAUGUUGUCAUCAACCGUGUCGCACUGUCCGCGUCUGAGGACUCGGCGCUCGUCAAGGCACUCAUCGCGCUGAGCAAUGAUAGCAAGAAGAAGAGACUCGUCACCUCGUCCAAGUAUGCCGCACCAGCGGAUCCGUCCAUUGAAGUCACCAGCUGGAAGAUGAAUGAGUUCAAGUACUACGAAGUGCCAUCCCCGUUCCCGACGCUCGCACGCGGAAUCUUCACGACCGAAGACGGGAACGGAGUGCAUCGGAUUGUCGCGCGUGGAUACGACAAAUUCUUCAACGUGGGAGAAGUUGGCUGGACUACUAAACGAGCCUUGGAAGAUCACACCACCGGUCCAUAUACGUUAUCUCUCAAGAGCAACGGAUGUAUUAUUUUCAUCGCUGCGCUGACGCCGGAGAAAUUGCUCAUCACGUCGAAACAUUCCAUCGGACCAGCAACGGAUGGGAUGAAGGUCAGUCAUGCGGAUGCAGGAGAGAAGUGGCUGCGCAAAUAUCUCGAAGAAAAAGGGCGCACGGAAUCAGAUCUGGCGAAUGUGCUUUGGAUGAACAAUUGGACUGCGGUGGCAGAGCUCUGCGACGACUCUUUCGAGGAGCACGUGCUGGGAUAUCCACCUGAACUCACCGGCUUGCAUCUGCACGGCAUCAACGAAAGCACGAAGGCCUUCAAGACACUCCCGCACGAGCAGGUCGACGCGUUUGCCAAGGAAUGGGGAUUCAUCACGACAGCCUCCCUCCAGCUUCCAACUAUCGCAGCGGUUCGCGAGUUCACGGACGAAUGUGCCAAGACAGGGACAUGGAACGGCGUUCCCAUCGAAGGAUUCGUCGUCCGAACACAUGUAGGCGAACCCCCCGCUGGCUCUCAUCCACGCAACGGGCCACCGUACUCGGUUGGAUCGACGUUCUUCUUCAAGGUCAAAUUCGACGAGCCGUACAUGAUGUACCGGGACUGGCGCGAGCUCACCAAGCAGCUUCUCACGAUGCGGGGCGGGCCGAUGGGGAAGAAUCCCAUGGCUGUCGGAAAGCUGUCGAAGAACAAAAUACGCAGAGCAGAGACCAAGGCAUACGUCAACUGGGUCAUUGAGGAAAUCCAACGAAACCCUACUGCUUUCUUGGAGUACGGUAACAACAAGGGCAUCGUUGCCGUUCGAGAGCGAUUCUUGGGCAGCGCCGACGGACAUUCUGCCAGCCUUGAUGGUUCACUUCCACUUUCUACGGCCAAGAUUGAGUACGGCAAGACGAUCAUUCUUCCUGUGGCUAUUCCCGGCUGUGGUAAAACUGCAGUGUCGGUUGCACUGUCACACAUUUUCGGAUUUGCGCACACUCAAAGCGACGAUGUUCGCGCCAAGAAACCCGCGCCUGUCUUCAUAAAAAAUGUGUUCGAUCUCCUCAAGAAGCACGACGUUGUUAUUGCCGACAAAAACAACCACUUGAAGAUGCACCGCGAGGCUCUGCGAACGACCGCCGCAUCGUUCCCUCAGCCAGUUCGCCUGCUAGCCCUGCACUGGGGACUCGAUGACUACCCACCAGCUGAGAUCCAUCGAAUCUGUGCCGAUCGUGUCCUGCAGCGGGGCGAAAACCAUCAAACUCUGCUCCCGGAUGCGAGUCAGGCCCAUGAACAAGUGUUGUGGAGCUUCAUCACCAAAUCUGAGCCUCUGGCAUCGGACGAGGUGGACGAAAUCGUGGAAAUGUCCGCUCACGAUGAUCUCGAGGCCUCUGUCAUCCGUGCUGUGAAAGGCUGCGUGCAGAUAUUGGGGCUCCCUGAGCCGACACCGACAAAGAUCCAGGGAGCACUGGACUAUGUCCGCAGAUACAAGCCGGCCAAAACGGGACAGGCUCCAACAAAAAUCAAAGGAAAGCCGCGGUACUUUGCUUUCCUCCCCGAGAUCGCUUUGGAGCCCUUGCUUGAGCCCUUGCUCGGAGGUAUCCCGUUCUGGCGUGCGGUGAAGUCUCGCGUGACGAAUCGUACACACGUGACUUUAAUCCACCAAAGUGCCCUGCCUGGCUUGCAGCGCUUUUGGAAUCAGUGCAAGUCUCUGCAUGAGCUGAGCACGACUCCGCCGACAUUCAAGCUGCAACUGGGCCAUGUGGUAUGGAAUGAUCGGAUCAUGGCCCUCACUGUAGAUGCCGUCGCUCUCGAGCAGGAAGGAGCUGGCGGACAGCAUGGUGCCGAAUUUGUGUCCCAGAUACCUGAAGAAGCACGGCAGCGCCUCCAUAUAACCGUCGCUACACGUGAUGGAAGUGUCGCCCCCGUGGAAGCCAAAACGAUGGUAGAGAACUGGAGACUGGACCACAGCACCGCUCAUUCUUUGCCACUGGGUGAUGUGACGGCAACAGGACGAGUCAAAGGACUCCAAGCAUGA